AUGCUCAGAUAUAUUCAAAGUCAUAACGUGCUUAGCGUGAAAGAUGAUGAUCCUCCUUGUGUGGUACACUGCUCAGCUGGCAUUGGCCGAUCUGGUACAUUUAUCCUUGUCGACGGAGUUUUGAGAAUGGUUUGUUUGCAAAUCUCUUUGUCACUGCCAUCGACGCAUUCUAUCUUGUUUCAGAUCGAACUUGGUAUCCCCGAGUCUGAAAUAUCAUUGAAUGACCUCUUGGUGGACUUGAGAUGUCAACGUUUCGGCCUGAUACAAACACCUCAGCAAUUGAUGUUCAGUUGGCAUGCCAUCGUAGAUGCACUUCAGCAAAUGAAAAACGCGAAGAGCCAAAAUGGAACUGACACAGCUGUGAGCGCUGAUCUCCCUUCACCUGUUGACAGGAAGGCUAAACGCAAAACCGACGACACCGAAACCGAAUCGACGGAUGAUCGUCUUGCAAAGAGGUGGGUUUUGACCUUAUGUAAAAUUAUGGCAAUGCGCUUAGGUAUUCUUAACACUAAGCAUAUGAUGAUUACAUAAUU